AUGGAAUAUUCACUUAUUCGAUUAAAUGAUUUACCUGAUGAAAUUCUUAUGAUGAUUUUUAAAAAAUUGGACAAUUUCGAUGUACUUUAUUCUUUAAUUGGUGUUAAUAAAAGACUUGACACAAUUGUAAAAGAUUCAAUUUUUACAGAGUGUUUGUCAUUGGAAAUACCUGAUAAUCAUUUAAAACAAUUUAGUGAUACGGUACUUGAUCGAUUUUGUUUUCAAAUUUUACCUAAAAUUCAUCAUAAAAUCCAAUGGAUUAAUGUUAAAUCAUCACAUAUGGAACGUAUUCUUCGUCUAACAAAUUAUCCUAAGUUAUAUGGACUUGGUUUAUAUUAUCUUGCAGCAGAAACAGCGAGAGAUCUUUUUACUGAUGGAAGUUAUUUAAUUCGUACUUUCAAAAGUCAAAUUUUAUCAUUUGUUAUUCGUAUUAAUAAAUGUCAAGAGUCAAAUUCAAUCGAAGAUAUAAAUAUAUUUAUAUUUAUACAAAUCUUUAGUAUUUUCAAAAAGUUACAACAUUUAAAUUUCAGUCCAUCUGCUUCUACUGAUUAUCAUCUACUAAAAUUUGGUGUUUCACCUCCUAAUAUUGUUUCUUCAACUUUAUUAGACUUAUGGGUCAUUGUAGACUCUUAUGAAGAUUGUCUCUAUUUACUUGAUGGGCGAUUCAAUCGACUUCGUACACUCUAUGUUACCAUUUGUUCAUCUAAUGUUUCUGCGUUACCAAUGGUCAAUAAUGAAAAAAAACUUCCCAAUUUAAAAUGCUUUGUGUUAAUUCUGAAAUCAGUGUUAUUGAGCUACAAUAAUUUUCUUAUUCCACUUUUACAUCGAAUGUUAAACUUAGAAGAACUUAGUUUAUGUUUUGUCAAUCAUAAUACAUUAAUUAUAGAUGGUAAUGAUUUAGAAAUGAAUAUUAUGAAUUAUAUGACAAAAUUAAAGAUAUUUAAAUUUAAUAUUCGUUCAAUUAUUCCUCUCAAUAAUCAAGUUUAUUUACCAUCAAAUGAUGAUAUUCAAAAAACAUUUAAAAAUUUUCAAAGCAAUGAAAUUAUUUCAUCAAUUGAUUAUUUUCCAAAAGGAAAUGAGUUUCAUUGUCAUGUUUAUUCAUAUCCAUAUAUAUGGACAGAUUAUCAUAAGAUAACAAAUAAUUUUCGUGGUGGAUUAUUUCAAUCUGUUAUGGAAAUCUCAUUAGUUGAUGAACAUCCUUUCGAACAUGAAUUUUUUCUUCAAAUUGCUAAAUCAUUUCCAUUGAUGAGAACAUUACAUGUACAUAAUCAAGAACCCCAAAAGAAUAACAAUCAACAAUGGUCAAUCAUAGAAUAUUCUCAUCUUGUUCAAGUUGAUCUUCUUGGAAGUCAUGAAAAUUAUCUGGAACAAUUUUUGAACAAUACUAAAACGUGUUUAUUAAGUAACAUUUGUCUUCGUGUGGAUUAUAAUACAUUACAAAGAACAAUGAACAAUUUUACCAAUGAUGCUAUACGAGUGAAUUGUUUCAAAAUCAAUCGUUUGAUUUUAUCUAAUGAACCUGAAUUAUCUCAAAAUAUAAAGGACUAUUUUGCUCAUGCAGAAAUCUUGUGA